GACAUGUGAACCAGGUUCUGGAAAACUUCAUAGAUACCAAACCAGCUGUUUUCAUCAGUUCUUUUUCUGGUUCUGUGUUUUGGAUCUUGGUAACUCACUUGGAAAGACUCUAUUCUUCAAUCUGAAAUAGAUGUUAAAAGUUCUGAUGUUAAAAAAUGCAGUGGAGCAACUGACGUUGACUUCCACCAUUUUAGUGGUACACAGCUGUAAAUGGGCUGGCAGAAUUGUACACGAUUUUUGACUGGAUGUCUUGCUAACAGCUACCAGCAGGCACAUUGGUGUAGCUUCUGGUCCUCAGGAGGAGAAAAGAUGGGCAUUAAAUACCUGCAACAAUUUUGGGUGCUGUAGAUAAUGUAUAGAAGUCUUUGCCAAAAAAGUGUGAUGGGUGAGACAGAGUAGCAGGGAAGACAGUUACUUUAACUUUUUUCUGAUUUAUUGCAGACUUAACUCAUGCCUAAAUAUUUAAUGUUCUAAUCAGCAGCUGAGUAUAAUAUAGUAGUAAAUAUUAAUUCUCCCAAAUAAAAUGGAAGCUGGUAUGUUUUUAUCUCAGUGAUGGCAUAUAUUUGUUCUGACUCUGAAUGUGUCUCUGCAGCCCCUCUAUAGUUACUUCUAGGGUUUGUUGCUAUCUGAGUGCAUAGGAUGCAGUGCUUUUCCACACUCACAGAUCUUUUCAGCUUCAGAGGUGUUCUGAAUUACCUGGAUCUCCCUUGUCAAGACCUCCAGAUGAUAAUUCUUGUGGCACCCUUUCUGCAUUGAAUUUUUCUUCCUGGAAGGAGUGUUCCUUUUGGUAUGUGAGGCCACUUUUCCUUUGCAGUUCUCUCUUCAGCCACACCUGUUAUGUACAGAUUCUUACAGAAAAGUAUCCUUUAUUCCAGUGACACAGUCAUGGAAGAUGUGCUGAAUUUACAUUUCCUUCCAUUUUGGAAUACAUUGAGAUAGAUGUUCUUGGAGUUUGUACAGUAUGUGUCCUAUAUUGAUUUCAGAUUCCAUCUUGGUUAGAUAUUGAUAAUAUCAUGGAUGAGCUUCUCUGUGUUGCAUGUUUGGGAGAAACUUGUGAACUGUUGGUGUAUUAUCCUUUAGUCCUUCCAGCCUCAUCGGUGAUGUCUGUGCUAUCAUGACCCUCCUGAAGCAAUAGCGUAGUGGCAGGAUGGGAGGGGGAAACAUCCCUCAGACAACAGUUGAGCUUGAACUCUUAGAGGCACUGGCCUGAUUCCUGUCUUUCUAUUAACUCCAUUGCUCCGGGUGUUGUAAAGAUAUGGUUUGAUUUAUCCUGUUUGCAACAGUUCCACAAAACUUAGCAUGGAAAUUCAUCAUAAGCUCUCAGUCACUGUGCUAAAACUCCAGAGUCAGUAACAACUAUCUUGAAUGAAAGGAAAAGGCCUUACACUGGAAUAAGGUGCUCACACGAAAGAUCUGUGGAUUCCAAAGAGCUCUGCUUCUGAGACAUCUCCAUUUUCCUUUAAAUCCAUGUCCACAGAAUAUGAGAUGCUUUUGAGAUCCUUCUCAAGGUGUGAUGUGGAUGACUUCUGCAGUCCAGGAAUUCUACAAAGAGCAUCAAAUAGAGACUGAUGUGCCUUUGCUGCUUGUAUUGUCUCAAGCUCACACCAGGAGAUUACCUAGUUAACAAAACUGGCUAUUUAAUAUUAAUUUGUUUCCAAACCAGUACUUGCAGUUUAUGACAAACCAGGACUCCUGUCACUUGAGGUCUUUCCAUUCAACUACUCUGUAGACCUAAAUAUAGUCAAAAAGUCAUGUCUGCAUUGGCAGGUUAUCUUAGAGGAGAUGGGACAUCUACUUGUUUGAGUUUUUUUUUGUUUUUUUUUUAACCUGAAUAUCUGACCUAUGAAUGAAGUAUCGAAAAGGAGUGUGUUGUCUUUAAACCCUAGGGUGCCGAGACUAGCCUUGUAGGGAUUCUCCAAGUGUGCAGGAUGGCCUGCGGUUUCAGCUUCUUAUUUUAUUUAGAUGAUGGAUACUUCUUUGCUAAAGUGCAGUGGCUGUUUGGAAUGCCUGCAAGACAAGAUCUUUAGUCACUAGAAAAAACUUCUGCAGCUAUGUAUUAGAGCUUAGUUUACAAGUAAAACUUGUUAGGCAAUCUUGUGUCAUAUAUAGACCUGCUCUUCAGGAGUGAUGUGUCCUGUGAUCAGAAAGGUGAUGCAACAGCCUCCCCAGAAAGCACUUCAUUAUUGGCUGUGGUUCUGUAGGUUCCAGAGUUAUUAGUCCACCUGUCUACAGGGCUGAAUAAACCAUCCUGCCAGAUGCUGAAGAUCUGGUCAAAUGAUGUCUGAUGUAGGAGUUCCCAACCCAAAUGUCCAGCUCGUGACACAGCAGAAGGUGCAUGCCACUCUCCUCCUAGGGACAGCCUGAGUCCUAGGCUGCCUCCUGAUUUCUUGGGAGUUGAGUUAGUCUAACUUCCAACAAAUACCUUAUUUUAUUUCAUCUUCCAAAGAGUACUUGUUGUGCAUUGCUAAGAUAUUUGACUUCCGUGAAUUUCCUGGAAAGUCAUUCAGAAUCUCCAUAUCUCUGCUGCAGAAGCCAUUGAUGUGUGAGGUUUUUUUGUGUAGUUUGGAUUUUGUGUAACAUUCAUGUUGGGGAGAAGCAUGUUGUCAGAGUAAUGGGAAUUUCUUAGAAGGAGCAAGGAAGUGUCUGCAGGAAGUCCUCAUCUGGGCAGCUAGGUAUGGUUAGUUAUCUAUCUUCCUGAUGGCCUUCUGGAGUGGAGCUAACUUCCUGUGUCUUUGUGCUCUUGUCUUGGACUAGUUGCAUGAAUUGGAGCAAUUCAGAUUACCCAUUAGCUGCAUUAAAUUGAUAAAAAAGAUGAUCUUGAUUAUCUUUUCAGGGGAAAUGUCUUUGCUUUUUCAGUUCUGCUGUGGCUAAUGUCAUAAGGCAUGUAAGGAAGAUAGUAUCCAGGAUAACAAGAAGGCUUUGUCUUUUGUCAUUCACAGGACAGUGUCUUGACUGUGAAACUGCUGAGGUAGAGUUGUUUGAGGAAUCUGAGUGAAUCUGUUAGCACUCAAGGGCUGUUGGUGGCCUUAAAAAUGGCCCCAUCUUUGACAUCAGUGGGCAGCGAGCUGCAGGGGCCCUCACCAAGCACUGUGCCAUUGGGAAAUUCUCAGGAAACCAUGCUCUUAACAGAUUGCAUUCCUGUUGGUGUCCAAAUCUAAUUUGCUUCAAGAUAACUGUGUUUUGUGGGAAGUGCUGGGGGGAGUCUCCCAGAGUUAAAGGUGAGCUUGUGAAUUAUCACUUAAAACUGUAUUUACUGGUAAGUACCUUCUAAUGGUAUGCUUUUGAGUGUGUGGUGUGUCUGGACAUACCAUACAACUGUGUUGGAAAAUACCUUAUGCAAACAAAUGAAUAGGUUGAAGGAGAUGCCUUUUUUUCCUAAGAUAACAAGUCAACACUGAGAUAGAAUCUGUAGCUAAGCUGAAGUCACGAUCAAGGAGAGGAGUGGAAAGGUGCCUUUUAAAAUAUCUGUUCUUUCUCUGUCUUUACCCAACAAAAAGUUAAGUUCAAUACUGUAGUAGAAAGUUUGACAACAAGUUUAAAUUUUUUUCUGAGUGCUCUUGGCUCUCAGAAGUUGCUGGAGAUCGAGGUAAGUCCUGUCUGUGUUGCUGUCUCGGCUUUUAUUGUCAGCAGGGGAGCCUUCCCCAGCAGUCCUCUCAAGGAUAGCACUCUUCAUACCAGUAAUAUGCUUUAAUAAAACUUCAGCAGAUCCUGGUCCAGCCUUUGAAUAGGAGAGUUGUUAUUUUUUGUGUUUGUGUUUUUUAUUUUUAAAUAAGCAACAUGCAAAAGAAGCUAUUUCAGAAUGUUUGCUCAUAAAAACUCCAGCAAAAUUUUGAGAUACCACAUGAACUUUUCAUAAUAAAUUAAGUACAUGUAACUGAAAUUAGAUGCGAGUUGAUGAGGUGUUUUGCUCAUGUGAUUGUGUUUCUGUACAAAACAAAAAGAAUCCUGAAUUGGCUUCUGUUUCUUCAUUGGUAAACAAAUUUUUAAUAGAUUCAGGUUCCUGUUCCUCAGGGAACAGCUCUUGAAGCACCAAUAAAUGUUCUUUUGUUUGUUUGUGUUUGCUAGAGAGAGAGGAAAGCAAAAAAAGGCUAAGUCCAGUUGAAUUGGAGGGUAGAACAGCGAAGUAAAAAAACUUUAACCCGUCAUCAUGAAGGAGGGUAGUAGCUGCAUUUUCCUUUGUAAUUAGGUACCUGUAAAAUGGGUCCAUUCUUGUAACCCAUUUGCUUUUCAAACCUCUUGUGUGCAGUAAUGAUGUCAGAAUCAGUGCGUCCCAUUGACUUCUCAGUUGAUGUACCCCUCUGUCAGUGUCGUGCUAAUGUCUGAAUUGAGCAGAUUUUAGCUAGUAUUAAUCUUCCCCUGCCCCCACCCCCUUUCAGUGAAAAAUAAAGCCUUUCACUGCGAUUUGGAUGCUCUGCUGUGUAUUUGACCUUGUGUCACUAAUGGGGAAUAGGCUUAGAGCUGUCCAUUGUGUUAGGUGAAGCCUCUUUCUUUCAGGUGAUGCUGAUUUGGGAACUUUAUAAGGAAUUAAAACUUGUUUAUAAUUCGUGUGAGAACAACCUGAGUUAGAUUUGGCAAUGCAGAUUUUAAUUAGGUGAGAGAGGACACUGAUUCUCUUUUCUCCAUUGUUAAUUACUACUUGUGUCUCAGAAAAUAAUGUUUGUUUCUUGUCACAUACAUUAGUACAAGAGGUUUCAGCUGUUUCAAGCCUUCAGGUUACUGAUCUCUUGGGAAAGAGGCACUGUUUGUUGAUUUUGGAUUUGUUUCCUCUUUCCCUGCUUCAGUGCUGGGGGUGAAUCCCUUGCAGUAGCUUUAAAAUUACUGAGGUCAAGCUCCGUUUUCUUCAUUCUGUUUUGUGAGUUCUUUUUGAAGGAGUUUGUGCCCUUUCCAAUAUAUGGCACUGAGAUUCAAAAGUGUUUUGCUGACUCUCACAUCUGGUUUGUUCAUUAUUGUAUGACUUGGCUUGGUCUGUUUUUAUUUUUGACAUCUUUAAGAUAGCAUCACCAGCAAAGGAAACAGUCAGUGAUAUAUGGUGGGACAAUAUGGUAAUUCUGUUGAAAAGUUCUUGCAUGCUCAGUAAGUUCCACAAGCAGAAUACAAAGUUACAGUGCUUUUAUGUAAAAAGAAUAACAUCAAAUAGCCUAAGCACUUGGUUAGUUACCUUUUAGAACAUGAUAACUGAAAACCAAGAGCGAAAGCCAGGGGCCUUUUUGCCACUGAAACUUAAAAGCAGAUGAACCCAUUAAACACUACAGUGCUCAGCAAAACAAUUUUUGAAGGUGAUAAACCAUCUUUAAUGACUAUAGCCUCUCUGUAGUAAGUAGAAAAAAUUUAUAUCAAGUACCUUUUUCAUGUUUACAUUAUACGAGUUGAUGAAAAACUUGGAAAAAAUGCAGGAAAACAAGUGGAAAACAAAAAAGCAGGGGAGUCUGUUUCUCAGAAAAUGAUGGUGUCCUGUUGUUCCAGGUCACCACAUAGACAGAGGCCUUAGAACAAACCUCUUCUGUUCACUGGGUCUGAGCAGUGCAUUCUAAAAUACAUAAUUUAGUCUUCAAUACUCAAAUAUUUGGAUACAUGAGGUCUUCUCUUUUAGCCUGUAUAUGUUAAGAUUAGUUUUAUAAACAUUUUAAUUUGUUAAUUUUACUCCUUCCAUGUCCAGUUCCUAUUUCUGUAAAAACACAUUGCUCAAUAACCAAGAUGAGUUGAAAUAAACAACUCAUCAGAAAAUCAGAAAUACUUUUUUACCAGUUUUCACAUGAUAUUUGAAAAAGGGCUUGUGCAUAUAUAGUUGCAUAAAAAAAGUGAUGUCACUGCUUAAGCAUUUGUGUGGUGCAUGUUUCUGAUUAGUAAAGAAUGCUUUUAUACUGAAUUCGGUAAUAAAUGUGUGUACUUGAAAGCCAGCAUGUCUUAUAGUUGCCAAUCUAUGAAAAAUCAACAUUUUUUCCAGGAAAACAGUAAAAGUACAAAUGCAAUAAAGAAUUAAAAGCUUUCAAAUACAGUUCACAAACUAAAAUUAGUAGUUUCAAAUGGUAGUGAUUUUAAAUCAGUCUGCUCUGGAUGGCAUAAAUAGAAUUAAUCAAAUGUUGAGGUUCUUCAAAGUAUUAUACUGUUGUUGCUGUCUUGUCAUAGUGUUGUGCAUCAAAAUAGAAACCGGCUCCAUGCCUUGACCUAUUGCUUUGCACUUCCCCACCUGAUUUCUCUCCCCAGAAUAGCAGUACUAAGGUGAAAUAAUCUCUCUAGGGAAAGUUGAAGACUGGGGGCCAUAUUAUGUUGCAGAGCCGUGGAGAAGCAGCUAUGUGUGCUAACAACUCCAACCCAACUGUGUUUUCAGUCUGGCCCUGAAGCCAGCUGGCACUGAGUGAAAGCCUCUGAUCUUCCAACCAGAACGGACUUGCCCCAAGUGCCCGCUGGGUCUCAGGUCUGUGCUGACACCUGAAAUGUGCUUGGGAGCAGCCCAGAGCAGUACUGAGUAGCCUGGGGUCAGUGCUGUUCUGUAAUGGGGAGAUGGUGGGGUCCUCCAGCACCACUUCCCUUGGGAGUGUGGACUUGGCCUCCGUGUCCUAGGGCAUGGUAACUUGCUGACAGGGAAGCCAGGAGAGGAAUGAAUGCUGCUGCUGUAGAAGGUCACUGUCCUCUGUGUCUCUUAGUCACCAUUUCAGAUGCCAGUUGAUGCAGCUGCACUGUAAUUUAUCUCCCCCACAAAAUUUAUUUGAAUACCUUUUAAAAUAAUAAGACAGUUGCUGUCUUGAACGCAGAUUAUACUGAGAUGUGGAGGCAUUUGUUACCUUGGACCUUCUUAAUGAUCUAAACUGGUACUUCAGUUUGUCCACAGUGAGUAUCAAGGCCUGAAAAUAAAGAAACAAAGACCAGAAUACUAAGCAUCCAUUUCAGUGGAGAAACAGAUACGUAAUUGUGUUAGUUAGAACACGUUAAAAAAAUAAUCCAGAAUUCCUAAGAUUUUAGGACAGAGGUAGAGCCAGUUCAGUAAAAAUAAAUCUCAUCUGAUCCUAUCAAGUAAAUCUGGGUGUGGGAGGUUCCAAUUCAGUUGAAUUUAUAGAGAUGCUCGUCAUAUUGUUACACUUUCAUAAGAGAAAUUGAUAUUUAACUGUUUAAAAAAGGUUUCUUUGCAUUCAGUUAUAUGCAGAGCUGUCUCUUACAUUAUUAGUGAAACAAUUUAAACCCUUUGCUAAGUUUAUUUUAGUGUAAUUCCACAAACUUGUUGCAACAUACCAUGUAUGGAAGUAAGAAAGUGCUACCAGAAUUACUGAAAUACAUUUUUAUUAUUGCUCUUGUGUUUUAACAGCUAGAAACAAAGAGAACAGCUCCAUGAGGCUGUGCAGUGCAGUUGUAGUCUUGAAUGCCAAUUGUUAAAAAUUUAAGAUGUAAACAAGUUUAUUUUGACAAUUGAAAGAAUUUGUGUUCUGGAUGGAAAGAUGAACUGAGAGGAGACAGAAACAGUUACUUGCCUUUUUCUUAUGUUAGGGUGAAAAUAGUAUAUGAAGUUACUUCUUCAUAUGUAUGAAAUAUGUAUAUAUGAAUAUCCAGAGAGCUAGCUGUGACAAGACCAGCUUAAAUGUUACAUUAAGUGCAUUAGCAGCUAUCAUAACACUCAACUGCUGUGUAAGAGAGUUGAUUUCCUAGGUACAGAUCAAAAUUUAAAAAAAAAAAAAGAGAGACAAGAAAAAGGACAAGGUCUUCACUUAUUAAAGGUUUGAAUAUCAUAAAAAUAUAACUAAAGUGGGAAAAAUCCACCAUACUUUAUUUGUCAGGAGAAGAUAAAGAAAAUAAUAAAGUAGGUUUUGCCCAGUGCUCCCCCAUGGCCAAAGUUGGAUUGGUCUUGUUUAAAGACCCCGAAAAAAAGGCAUUUGCAGCUGAAUUUUUCAGAGCCAUGCAUGUGUAAUUUUUGUGCACUGUUGAAAAUAAGUGGUCUUAAAGGUGAUCUACAGUUUUUUAAAAUAAAAGAUUUACUUUGACAGAAGUGUGCAGAAUACGAGAUUGCGUUCCCCUCUGCAUGGCCCCCGACAUUACGUACAACUCUUUGUGUUGUGCACUUCUGUCUCAUGAUGCUCUCUUCCUAUGCAGUCAUGCAGUUACUUGUGUGAGUGGAUAAGCAUUAAGCACAAGAUGCUUUUGCAGGCAAGAUCCACUGUAAUUACUUUCUCUGCCUGCCGAAAGCGGGCUCUGUCUGGGGGCCUGCAUGUGUCCUGCUCCGCAGGAGCGGCUGGCGUUGUGUUCCUGACUGGCCACCCAAGUGGCUCUGUCUGCUUUGAACUGGUUUGCUCUGAAGCAGACAGGCUCUAUUCAUCUAUUCUGUAUCACACUUGGCUGUGAGCCACGACUAGAUCUUGUAUGCUGCUCCUGUGACCUCAGGGAAUGAAUUUUUGUCUUUAAGUUUUGAGCAUUUGAAACAACCUACAUGGUUGAUGUUUUAAUAGCAUGUACUCAAGGAUUGUAUGUUAAAUUCCAUGAGGAUGUAUUUAUUGAGUGGGAAGCCUGUUGAGAAGUUCUUAACAGACUGGGUGGGACAAAGGGAGUCACACUCAGUGUGUUCCUACCCAUACUGGGUUUUGGGAACAGCUUCUGUAGAGAAGUGUUCCCAGAACUGUGCUCAGUCUUUGCCUUCAGAAAAGCUGUUUGGAGCAACAUAGGUGGCCACUCCCAGGUCCUCCAUGUGUCAGGUGUGCACUGGAAGUAUGAAUAACUGGAAGGAACUGGAAUGCCAUUACAGGCACACCUACCUGAACUGCUGUGCCUCAGAAAAUUCUUGCAAAGCUGGUCCUGGAGGACCACUUAGAGCAGGUUGUGGAGCUUUGCUGUCUGGACCUAGGGCUGCUGCUGCCUGAUCAGUGAGGAUAUACAGCACGGCAAAAAUUGUUUCUCGUGAUUUUAGGGGACCAUGUGGUAAUUGUGCCAUCACAUUUAUUUUUCUUUCUCAGAUUUGAAGGAAUAUAUUAUUUAGAAACUAUAAUGAGCCUGUACAAUGCAUAAAAUGCAUGUCAACACCAUCUUGUACCUGUGCAGUUCUCCAGUGCAGUCAUUAACAAUGUGUUUUACCAUUUGGUGACUUCUGUCUUGCUUAACAGCCUUGCAUGACACUUAUAUAGAAAAAUAUACCUCUUUUCCCUAAGAAGCAGGCAAAGAUAUCAAGUGAUGCCUUUCAUAUUUUGACUUACUUUAAAUUGCAUUUGUUGUCAGAUGAGUUCUUGUCUUAUAAACUUGUCAUAUCUCUCUUUGAGCAUCAUUUUGUAGUUAAGUUCGUUGCAAAAAUACAGAGAAAGCAUACUAGGCUUCUGAAAUCUUACAGUAAUAUUUUCAGAUAUUACUCUAAAGGAUGAACCAUUUCCUCCAGCUUAAAAUAUUAAGCCAGCAUUGCUUCAGCUUGCUUUGCAAGGCUUAACUAUAUCUGCAGUUAUGUAAGUUUCAGUUAUGUGCUAUUUCAUGGGCAUCUGUUUAAACAUACAACUAUUAUUUUUAGUUGAAAUAUAGACUAUAUAAAGACUUAAAAGAUGUGGGAUCAAGGUGGACAACCUUGGCAGCAAUGGCCUUUGAACCAACAGCAGUGGAUGCAGUCAUUUCAGCACCAGCAAGAUCCAAGCCAAAUUGACUGGGCUGCAUUAGCUCAAGCAUGGAUUGCUCAACGAGAAGCCUCAGGGCAACAGAAUGUAGUGGAACAACAAGGAAUGAUGCCAAACGGACAGGAUAUUUCAGGAAUAGAGUCUGGUCCAAACAACCAUAAUAAUUUUCAGGGGGAUCCCAACUUCAAUAGAAUGUGGCAGCCAGAAUGGGGAAUGCCUCACCAGCCCCCUCACCCACCUCCAGACCAACAGUGGAUGACUCCAACCCCAGGUCAAAUGGAAAUUGUUCCUCCAUCUGAAGACAGCAACAGUCAGGACAGUGGGGAAUUUACUCCUGACAACAGGCAUAUAUUUAACCAGAACAAUCACAACUUUGGGGGACCUCCCGAUAACUUUGCAAUGGGGCCAGUGAACCAGUUUGACUAUCAGCAUGGGGCUGCUUUUGGUCCACCUCAAGGUGGAUUUCAUCCACCUUAUUGGCAGCCAGGACCACCAGGGCCACCAGGUCCUCCAGCACCUCCUGCACCUACUCAAAAUCGAAGGGAAAGACCUUCAUUCAGAGAUCGGCAGCGUUCACCUAUUGCGAUGCCUGUGAAGCAGGAGCCUCCACAGAUUGAUGCUGUGAAGCGUAGAACUCUGCCUGCCUGGAUUCGAGAAGGCCUGGAAAAGAUGGAAAGAGAAAAACAGAAAAAAUUGGAAAAAGAGAGAAUGGAGCAGCAACGUUCACAGAUGUCUAAAAAAGAGAAAAAGGAAAGUGAGGAGGCUGAAGAAGGGGAUGGCCCACGGUUACCUCAGAAAAGUAAAUUUGACAGUGAUGAGGAAGAUGAAGAUGCUGAAAACACAGAAGCUGUAAGUGUUGGGAAAAGCAGCAGGAGUCCAUCCCCAGCUCCUCAAGAGGAGCAAAGUGAACCAGAAAUGACAGAAGAAGAAAAGGAGUAUCAAAUGAUGAUGCUGACAAAAAUGCUGCUGACAGAGAUUCUCUUAGAUGUCACAAAUGAAGAAAUCUAUUAUGUGGCCAAAGAUGUUCACCGUAAAGCAACUAAAGCUCCUGCAAAACAGCUGGCACAGUCCAGUGCACUGGCUUCCCUCACUGGACUCGGUGGACUGGGUGGUUAUGGAUCAGGAGACAGUGAAGAUGAGAGGAGUGACAGAGGCUCUGAAUCAUCUGAUACUGAUGAUGAGGAAUUACGACACAGAAUCAGGCAAAAACAAGAAGCGUUUUGGAGAAAAGAGAGAGAACAGCAACUAUUACUAGAAAAACAGCUAGAAGAAGAGAAGCUACAAAAUGAAAAAAUUUCAAAAGAGAUGAGUGAAUUUAUCAACAAAGAACAAAAUAGUAACUCAGCAUCACAGGAGGCAAAAGAAAUUGAAGCAGAUAUGGUUCAUGAAAAGAAAAGAUCUCCAAAUGCAAUCACACCUGAUGUAGAAGUCAAGAAAGAGGGUAAAGAUAGGACAGGAAGGAGUGGGUCCAGAAGCUCCAGCAGUGGUAGCACUAGCAGCAAUAGUAGGAGCAGCAGCAGUAGCAGCACAGUAUCUAGUUCAUCCUAUAGCUCUAGCUCAGGUAGCAGUCGCAGCUCUUCACGUUCUUCCUCUCCUAAAAGGAAGAAGAGGCACAGUCGCAGUAGGACGCCAUCGCAUAAGGUUAGGCGCAGCAGAAGCAGGAGUUACUCCCACAGAAAUAGGAGAGAGAGGAGUAGGAGCAGAGAGAAAAUAAGGGAAAGGAGAAGAUCUAGUAGAAAUCACAGUGCUGAAAGAGGGGAGAGGCGGAGAAACCGGAGUCCUUCGAGAGAGAAAAGCUGGGAUAGACGUAGAAGUGGUAGCCGCUCAAGAGACCGGCGAGCCAACCGUGCAAGCCGCAGCAGAAGCAGGGACAGACGUAAAGCUGAAGACCAGCGUAGAAGCCCAACUGGAAAUAGGCACAAACAUAAAAGUGAGGGUAAAGAUCAAGACAGGAAGAAGGAGCAGGGUGGAGGUGUAGAUAAAGACAGAAAAAAGAACAGAGAAAGGGAGAGAGAUCAGGAAAAAAGAAAAGAUAAGCCCAAAAAAGAGGAAAAAGAAAGUAAGGCUGGCAAUCAUGACGACAGUAGAUUGAAGAGAAAAAGAGACAGUGAAAGAACUUUUUCUCGUGAUUCAAUAUGUGUGAAAAUAAUAAGACAGGAUUCCAGACAAGAAAGCAAAAAAAUUACUACCAAAGAUAGCAAAAAGCGGUCAGGCUCUGAAUCUAGUGGGAGAAGUAGUUCUGAAUCACCAGGAAGCAGUAAAGAAAAGAAGGCUAAGAAAUCAAAGCAUAUUCGGUCAUGCUCCAUGGAGAAAUCUCAAAGGUCUGGUAAGAAGGCAAGCCGCAAACACAAGUCUAAGUCACGAUCAAGAUCAACAACUCCUCUUCGUCGUAAACGCUGAGGAAUUUAUGGCACCAGUGCUAUGAUGUUUAAAAAUUCCAUGAGUUAUAAAAGGCUUGUCUCAUUAUAGAGGCACAUUGUGGCUAUGUAGGUGAAACCAGAAUCCUUUUUUUAUCUGUACAUAGGUGUAUUUUUUCCAAAUGCUGCUCAGAAUUAAAUACCUAAUAGGAUUUCUUUGUAUUACAUUUUUUCAAGAACGGUAGUGCUUAUUAAGACUAUAAAACAGGCCAUUCUCUUUCAGCUGUAAUGUUCUUAAAAUUACUAUUGAAUGUACUGUGAUGUCAAUAAAGCUCUUUAGUUAAUUUUUGUUUAAAAUUCUUGCACCUGAAUUUUGUGUUAAAUGGUAGAAAGUACUUAAAAAAAAGGCAGCUUUUUUGGUAUAACAAAUUUUUAAAGUACCUGAGAAAGAUUUAACAUAAAACACUUGUCACAAUAUGUAAUUCCUGGAUUUGAUGAGAUUACUCCAUUGGGGUUGUGGAAGAACAGAGCAAAGACAUUUUCCUUUAGAUAUGUGUAAUAGAUUUUUAAUAGCCUUUUUUUUUUUGGUCUAGCAAGUACUAUAUGCUGUGUGUGUAAAAUAUGGGUCACUGUAAUACAAGCUAUACUUAAACAGACUGAACCCCAUUAGGAAUAUGUGCAACUAACUGAUCUCGUGUGACAGUAUUAAGCUCUGGAACUAUAUUCCUCACCCAAAUUUCAGAAAGAACUUUCUGGAUGUUCAGGGAUAUUACACAAACAUAUCUCAGAAUUUUAGAUGUUUUUAUGGAAUAUGUUUACAAAUGUCACUGAGUCCACAUUAGAAAACUGACAGUAGGUUAACUUUACAUUUUGGCACAUGCAUUAAAUGCAUAGUGCAUAUUAAAGCUGGUUAUUUUUGUUAGCAUUACGAGAAUUGUGAUUCCUGUAAGGAUAAUACACUGGGUUUAGUUUUACUAUAAAGUGAAAGAGGUCACUGAUUACCUACUUCAGGAAAUUGACUGUUAGUAACAAGAGUGUGAAAUAAUAUUAAAAAGCAAACCAACGAUACACAGCUCUAGGCCAGUGACUGUUGCAGAAGAACACGAAUUCAGGGAGACAUCUGUGGCUAGAAGGUCUGGUAUGACACCAGUUGUGAAAAAGAUAAAAGGCCUAACAUCAAAGUAAGUUUUCUUUGAUUGGCUGCAUCCUCUAAGAAAAAAUAUAAUAGUACAGGCAACUUGCAGAGCAUGUCUUCAUGAACAGAUGAAUCCAUUUAACUAAAUUAAAAUUAAGCUAUGCAGCAUUUUUCCACUGUAAUUUUUUUUAUAAUUUAGAUGCAGAAAUAAACUGUUUCAGUGCAAAGCAUCACAUUUUAGCUAUGCCUUUAUUAAGCAAGCUAAUGGCUAGUGAAUACAUGCAUGUUUAUCAAAACACUGUUACAGAUAAAGAAUUAGUUAAUCAGUUAUAAAUUAUAACAUAUAUCCCCCAACCCCCAGUAAUGUCCUUUUACAUAGAGUAAACAAGUCAUACCUAUGAGCAAAAUAAGGCAUAAUUUGCAACACGUAACUUUUACUUGCAUCGGUAGGGGUAUAAAUAAAAAUGUGUUGAUCCAGUCCUGCUACACUCUUUGCUCUGGGUAAGAGUGAGGAUUUUUUUAAAAGUAUAUAGAGCAACAGCUCAGAUAUUUUAGAAGGAUGCCUUGAGAGAGAAAGAAAGAAAGAAAGAAACUAGAAAUAAGUUUAAGAAAAGCUGUUGAGGAAUACAGUUUCCAGAAUGCAUUGAUUUUCAGUUCAGAUUUUAUAUUCUCUGUCUAAUAAUAAAAAAGAUUGUGUAUGAAAAGCUUUAUAUACUCUGCCAACCACUGGAACUCUGUCACUUCCUGUAAAUAUGAAAAUUAUUUUUUUGACACAAAUGCACUUAUAUGGGUAGUGACUGUAUGCCAAUAAAAAGAGCAUACGAUCUCUGUA